UUCUUCCACAGGAUGGUUCAGGAGAACAUCACAAUGUCCCACAGGAUGAUCAGAAGAUAAAGGGUGAAGAUUUGAAUAUUACUAAGGCUACAGAGACACAUGUGAGGGGCGAUGAGCAGAGUAUAGAGGACAUUCCUACAGGUAACCGCCCAGAUGACUGUACCACAAGCUCAGAGGAAGACCUGAUACCACAAUCAUUUGCUGUAAGAAAUGAAGAUAUCACAGAGGACACAUUUAAAGAGCAUGCCGUUGUCCGAUAUACACCUUCAGCUGUACAUAGCAACAAUCUAUCCUCUGAUCUUUUUCAAUGGAUUCGAUCUUUUGAUUCAUCAGAGAGAGUUAAGCAAAACAAAGAUCAACGAGGAGGUGAACAUCAACGAGCUCAUACAGGGGAGAAGCCAUAUUCAUGUUCGGAAUAUGGGAAAUGUUUUAUGCCGAAAUCAGAUCUCUAUAAACAUCCGAGAAGUCACACCGAUGUAAAAUCAUUUUCAUGUUCAGAUUUUGGGAAAUGUUCUAUACAGAAAACCAAUCUCAUAAAUUAUCUGAGAUUUUAUGUUGAUGAACAGCCAUUUUUGUGUUUAGAAUGUGGGAAGUGUUUUAUACACAAACCAGAUCUUGUUAAACAUCAGAAAAUGCACAAAGGGGAGAAGCCAUUUUCGUGUUCAGAAUGUGGCAAAUGUUUUCUCCAGAAAUCGGAUCUUAUUACACAUCAGAGAAUUCACACAGGGGAGAAGCCAUUUUCAUGUUCAGAAUGUGGGAAAUGUUUUGCUUUUAGAUCAUCUUUAAUUGCCCAUCAGAGAACUCACACUGGGGAGAAGAGGUUUUCAUGUUCAGAAUGUGGGAAAUGUUUUACUCAUAAAUCAACUCUUGUUACACAUCAGAGAAUUCACACAGGGGAGAAGCCAUUUUCAUGUUCAGAAUGUGGGAAAUAUUUUGCUUCUGAAAACUACCUUGUUACCCAUCAAAGAACUCACACAGGGGAGAAGCCUUUUUCAUGUUUAGACUGUGGAAGACGUUUUAAUCAGAAAUCAACUCUUGUUACACAUCAGAGACUUCACACAGGGGAGAAGCCAUUUUCAUGCUCAGAAUGUGGAAAGUGUUUUGCUCAGAAAUCACCUCUUGUUACACAUCAGAGAAUUCAUAUAGGGGAGAACCCAUUUCCGUGUUCAAAAAAAGAAAUGUUUUAAUACAAAUGAAAUGUUCUUUCCUAUCAGAAAUACACAGGGGAUAGGCAAUUUUUAUGUCCAGAUUGCUUCUUUCUAAACAUCUUUGAACUCAUACAUAGACAUUAUCCUAUCUUUCAGUUACAGGCAAAGUCAAGAGAAUAGUAGCACAAAAUAAUGAUUAAGAAUGUAUAUGAUUACCAAUAAGUGUCAUCCAAAAAGCUAACAGAAUCCAGAUAACACACCUAUAGAUCCAUCAUAUGCAUCAUAUAUUUCACAUGAACAAACUUAUUAUCCCUUAUGAAUAAACAUUUCUUUUACAUCUUC